ACCAAAGAGAAAGAGGAGAAGAAACACAUCAGUAUAGUCGAGGCUGCUCUGAUGGAGAUGGAGAAUGCGACAUUGGAUCUCACUUUUUCUGGUGCCACAAGUGCCAUCAUCAGCGACGACAUGCUAAAAGAUUUAACACGCUGUUUGCCAGCGAGUCGACUCGGCAGUUCAAUGAACUUGAUCUAUUCUACAGAGAAGGAUGGAUUCAGCCUGAAUGCUCUCUACCGAAAGACUAGAAAUGUCGACGAUAUUAGUGUCCUCUUGAUUCGCGAUCAAGGGGGUACAGUGUUUGGUGCUCUGCUUUCAGAGAAAAUGCGCUGUUCUCCGCGGUUCUAUGGAACUGGAGAAAGUUGUGUUUUCCAUUGGCGAAACGGUUUCAAGGUCUACAAUUGGACAAGAAAGAAUCACUACUUUAUGCAAGGAUCUCGAGAUAGCUUCCUUAUUGGAGUUAAAAAUGGCCACAGCGCAAUUUGGUUUGAUGGAGAUUUGAAGUAUGGACGAAGUGAAGCAACGGACACCUUCGACAAUCCUGUUCUCUGUACCCUGCCCAAGCCUCACAUCAGUCCGAAUCGCAACUCCUCUACUACAACAUGGGCCAAUUCCAUUCCCUCAAGCCCCUCCUACGGUUCCUUGGGAGACACUGGUGAACCCACUAGUGUCGCUUUUGUCAUAACCACGCUAGAACUUUGGGAAAUAGUGUCCUGA